GCCAAUGCAUUCUCUGCUUUUCUUUCUCUCUUGAGUGUGUAUGCUCAGUCGUUCUGUUUUGGCCAAAAGUUGUUGGCUGGGGCUCAUCUUCAAUUGGAGAUUUCCUUAGUGUUUCUCUUCAACAACAGUUGGCUAUUCAUUAGUUAUUAAGUUGGCUGAAUUUGAUGCUUUCUCUUUCACUAAUAGUUGACUGGAUGCAAGUGAGCUUUGUAAUAUUACAAGUUGUAAGUAAGGAAAUCCAAGGAAAUACCCAAGAAAUACCCAAGCUGAUUUUUUUGUAAAAAAAAAUGCACCUCUUAGUUGAAUUUGUGCAUCUAUAUCUGUACAUGAUAUACUCCUAUUUGAUGUUUUUUUUUGGAAAGAUUCCUUUUGAAUGUUUAUCUAUACUUUCAAAGAACAAAAAUUAUAUUUAGUAGUUCUCAAUGAAUGUGGGUAUUGGUACUUUCAGGUAGGUGUUGCAGAACUUAAAGUUGCAGUUGAAAGGAGUGGGGGGUUGGUUGUGCUGGCGGAAAGCUUUGGCCAUUCUGUUUUUAAGGAUUCUCUCAAAUGCAUUUUUCAGUCCACUGACUACGACUUUGGUCUAUCAUUUAAGCUUCAGAUGAAUUUGUUAAGAGGCGUGAAGAGAUGUGCCCAAGUGUGUGUUGAGAAGGUCUUUAUGUCUUUCGAAUCCACUGUUCGUAAGAGGGCAAGCGAAAUGGUAUGGUCUUUGUUCAAUCGUAACAUGCCUCUGGCAAUUGAACUGAGUGCAAUAAGAAUUGUUGACGGAUCAAAAAGUGAAUUACUAUCUCAAUCGAAGCAUUUGGAGGUCCUCCAUAUGCUAAAUUCACUGAAACUUCUUUUCCCUUUUCUCUCAAAGAAAGUCACUAUUAAAUUGUUGCUGGAUUUAUAUAAGCUCUUGGGUUGCCAUUUCUCCCCACUCACGCGGCACAUUCUUGAUAUUCUUGGAGUACUUUUUGAAUUUUCAAGAGUAGACAUUCCUGUAUUAGAAGUCGAUAACAUUAUAGUUUCACUUGUAUCACAUGUAUCUUAUGGUGGGGAGAAUCCAGUAGACACUGUUAUGUCUGCAUCAGCCUUGUUAAAGACUAGAUGAGAAUCUCAGUCCACUAGUUAGAAUGCAAGAUAAACAGCACUGAUGAAGAAGAUUUAUGUUGUAGGAGACUGAAACAUGGAACUCAAAAUAAACAUGGCAUUGGUUACAUGGGUUUCUUGUGUAUGAUUCUUGAGCAGCAUCAAACAC